AGAAUGGAUACUUAUACUUCUAUCGUCGUGAUCCUAUGCAUCGCUUUAUUUGCAAUCAAUCUAAUUUUUGCUUGUUUCACUUGCUUCUCCAUUCUUCAUAGCUUCAUGACAGAGACAACAAACCAGGAUUUUAGUGAUCUCAGGAAGAAUCUUAUUGAACCGGAAGAAGCUAAACCAGAUGAUGAGAAGGUAAUGAUCAUUGCAGUCUCAAGUAACCAAGGAUUCUCUGGCUCUAUGGAUUGUGAUGAUUGUGGCCAAGAUUGCUCCCAUGAUAUUUGUGCUUGUUGAACAAAGGUUGGAUUCUAUUUUCACUACACACUUUCUCCUCAUGUUUUGCAUUUUUCUUCUUUGAUCAUUCCUACUUGUAAAUGGUGAAAACUGUGGGUUGAGAGUAUUACAUCUUAUGCAUCAGAAUCCAGAAGUGCUUUUUUUUUCAUCUUGUAUCACGAGAAAUAGUAAUCUGAACAUGUAUUAUACUAUUUUAUGUAUAAUGUAUCACCAUGUUUUAAUAUAGUUUGAACAUAUGUAUUAUACUAUACAUCAAACUCUAAUGAAUUUUUCCUUACUUCAAGUUAUUUGGUUUUUUCAACUAUUUGAUUUUUUUUUCCUGUGUGUAGCAUAAUUCAAAUGGAGGUGUAGACAAAUUUGAAUUAAUAUUUUUUUAUUAUUAAAUUAACCUUCAGGGUUUAUUUUUCUCUGAAGACUGAGAAUUAAAGGCAAAAGGCUCCACUAAAGACGUGGAGAAAAAGAAGUUAAAACAAGUUCCACUCAUUGAAAGUAAUAUAAAGCUUUUUUUGUCGACAAAAGUAAUAUAAAGCUUAACAACGAAAUUGAUAGUUGACAAAAGACCAAUUACCAAAUUCAAAUAAAGUAAAAAAUGAAGGCAACGACAGCGAAUUGCUUAUAGAGACAGAUUUCUAGUUGAAUAAUAAGAACAAAAUAAUUGAAGGUGAUAUUUAUUAUUUUUUAUGAUUAAUUAGUUUGAUGGAAGUAGGGAAUCAACAUGAAACUUAAAUGAUUAGGAGCAAUUAGUUAAUUCCAUUAAUCCUUCCAAUGAACUUGAAGCUUCUAUGGAUGAAUUUAAUAGUCAUCAUACACACCACAUGUUUUCAUAAGAUUUUUGAAACUAUAAAUACUAUUCCCUUUUGUUUUAAAUUAUUGAUGUUCUAGUUUUUUGUUUAUGUAUUUAAAAAUGGAUAUUUAAAAUUUUAAUUAAUGAAUAUUACUCUAAACUUUAAUAUAUACGAAUGAAAAAAAUUUCUUAAUAUGUGUACAUAAAUAUUUUAAAUAUAAAUAAUUAAGCUUAUUUAUUAAACACAUUUACUCAAAACAUUGCAGUAUGUGGGCUGUCAAGGCAUAUAAUGAAAACUCUGGGUCCAUACUGGAAAAUACACAUUAUCCCGGGUCUAUAAGCGAAUUAUAAAAUAGCUGAUUUAAAAAACAAAACAAAAAUAAAAAGACUUCAACGCGGCAACACUUUCCAUCUCGACCGAGUCAGAAAGAACGAUCGAGACGAAAAAAGAAGAAGAAGAAAGAUGGGUCAAGCAGAAGAAGAAGAUAAAAGCAAAGGAUUUGCUGAGGAAGCAGUUAACCAGCAUCAUCAUCAUCAUCAUCAAUACGGUACGUUUCAAGGUGUUUCCAAUUAUCCUCAACCUUCGCCGCCUCCUGGAGUUUACGAUUCCUCCGCUCCUCAUUACGUCCAUGGUUAUCAUGCUGUUCCAGUAUAUGGCAUUGCUGAAGGAAGACCUGUGACUGUGAGACAACGCCGCCUUUCUUGCUGUGGAAUUGGUCUUGGAUGGUUCUUGUUCAUAGUUGGUUUUUUCCUUGGAGGAAUCCCUUGGUAUGUCGGAAUGGGCAUCAUGAUAGUUGGAAGGAGGGUUGACCACAGGGAGAAGCCAGGUUACAUUGCUUGCACCAUCGCUGCCAUUCUUGCCACGAUCGCUGUUAUUCUUGGUGUAUCUAAAGGAGCAGAAGAUUGAUGAUCAAUCAUUUAUAUCUUUGGUUGAUUCAGAACGUUUGUAUAGAUGUCGAUUAACAUUGCGUGCUGUAUUCAUUAUCUUCGUACUUCUUAUGAACUCCUUCUGAACAUAAAGAAAAAGAUGUAAACUUAUAAAAGUUAUUUGCCAACCAA